ACGGCGCAGCACACCAGCAACCUUGUCUGAUGUGAUCAUUAACCUUUCUGGAAAACGCAGCUGGCGGUUCUCUGAGGUUAUCAUUAGAAUGUGAGGAGAGCCACACAGAUACCGCACAGGCGAUUCAAAGAUUGUUUGGUUUACUUGGAGAGUUAUUGCUCCACUUUAGUGUGGCAGAAAAAUGAGAUUUCAACAAUUCCUUUUUGUACUUUUAAUUUUUAUUAUGUGUCUUCUUCUUAUCAACGGACAGAGACCAGCUAAUUUGGCAAUGAGAAGAAAAUUACACAGACAGAACUGCCUUCAGAGGAGAUGUAUGCCUCUUCAUUCACGAGUGCCCUUCCCCUGAG